AGACAUGUUUAUAAAUUUUAGGAAUGCAAACAUGUACAGCUUGAUUAAAGUUUUUUGAUCAAUAUUAUCGUUAUUAUUAUUAUUAUUUUUUUUUGUCAAUAACGUCUGCUGUACAAGUACUCAAAUCAUGAAGAACAGAAAUGAAGAGUUAUUCGAUCAAGCUUGUUACGAUGACAUCUUGUUCCUUUUCUGAAGCACUUGAAAUACGUUAUGCAGAAGAUGUGGAUUCAAAUCCUAUAGAGCCAUGUGAAAUUUUUCUAGUGGGUAGUUUUCCUGGAAGGUCAAGCCCAAGUGGGAGAUUAGUUUUGCCUCGAAUUCUUGCCUUGAAUCGUUGUGAUAUUGACAGAGCUGGUGCAUUGCACAAAAUUGAAGAACUUUGUCACGAUGUAGAAGAACUUGACCUUGGUCAAAAUGAAUUAUGUGAUUUGACUGAGAUUGAUAACAUAUUGCAGCACAUGCCAAACUUGUCCUUUUUGAAUUUGAGUCAUAACAAUAUGAAAGAUGCAAUUCCUAUACAUUUCACUAAAAGAGAAAAUUUACAGAGUUUAGUUUUAAAUCACACUUAUGUUCCAUGGACUGUUGUUGGUAAAUUUUUAGAAGCCAUGCCAAACAUCCAGGAGUUACAUUUAAGUCUUAAUGAUUACCGGUGUAUUGAUUUACCUUCGAAUAAGCAGUACCCAAAUUUGAAACAGUUGUAUAUUUGCGGUAAUCCUUUUACAUCCUGGAAUGAUGUUGCUUUAAUUGGAAAGAUAUUUCCUAACUUAGAAUCAUUAGUUAUGGCUGACACUCACAUUUCCUCCAUCCCUGAUCCACCAUCAUGGCAUCAUCUUUUUCCCCAUCUUCAGUCUUUGAAUUUUAACAAUGCACCUUUAAGUGACUGGAAAGACAUUGAUAAAUUAAACCAUUUCCAAAAGCUUGAAGAUGUUAGAUUACUUGGGAUAUCUGUUUUGGAUAACUUAAAUGAUCUUGAGAGACGUCAGCAUUUAAUUGCUUAUCUUCCUUCUGUGAUUCGUUUAAAUGGUAGUGCCAUACUUCAAAAAGAAAGAGAAGAUGCUGAAAGAGCUUUUAUUCGGCAUUUCUUGUCCAAAAAUGAGCGACCUAAAAGAUUUUAUGAUUUAGAAGAAAUUCAUGGAAAAUUGGAUCCAUUAGUUGAUGUUGAUUUAUCUCCUAAGAAAACUGCUCAAGUGUUUGUUCAUUUUUGUGAAGAACAGUCAGUUUUAACCGUAAACUUACAGCAAUCAGUUCAAGAGCUUAAAGCUACUCUGAGUGAUAAAUUUGGCCUAAGACCAGCUAGAAUGAGACUGUUUUAUGUCGAUCAAGAUUUGAAAAACGCUUGUGGUCCUGAUGAACUACGAUAUAACAACAGAAAAUUAUACAGCUAUCAAAUACGAGAUGGUGAUGAACUGUUGUUGGACUCAAAAUAAAUUGACCUUUGAACUAAAUUAAUUAACAUGAACAUUAACACUUUAUUUCUAUUUUAAUUAAGAUGAAAUAUUAUAGUUAUAUUCUUAUUAAAUAAAUCAGUUUGAAGAAUGCCUUUUAAUUACCAAAAUUAGUUUGUAGUUUUUUGGAAGAAUGGGUUGAUUAAAUAAACUAAAAUGUUUAAUUUUAUAGACUUAGUUGUAAAAUUUUGACUUAAUAUGGACUGUUGAAAUAUUUCUUCAAAAUUGCUUUGUUUUAAAUUAAUCUUUGAAAAUGGAUUGUAUUUACUUAUUUUCAAAGUAAAUUUACUUAUUUAUUAGUUAUAGACUCGUUAAAUAAAUCUGUUUGAAAAAUGCCCUUUAAAUUAUCAAAAUUCGUUUGUAUUUUUUUGGAAGAAUGGGUUGGUUAAAUAAACAAAAAAUUUUAAUUUUGUGGACAUACACUGUAAAAUAAUGACUCAAUGUGGACUGUUGAAAUUUUCCUUCAAAACUACUUAACCUUGUUUUAAAUUAAUCUUUGAAAAUAAAUUGUAUUUACUAAUUUUCAAAGUAAAUUUACUUAUUUAUUAGUUAUAGACUCAUUAAAUAAAUCUGUUUGAAAAAUGUCCUUUAAAUUAUCUAAGUUAGUUUGUAGUUCUUUGGAAGAAUGGGUUGGUUAAAUUAACUAAAAUUUUUAAUUUUAUAGACUUAAGCUGUAAAAUAAUGAUUUAAUGUGGACUGUUGAAAUUUUCCUUGUAAACUACUAAUUAAAUAACUUGGAAAAUGAGUUCUAUUUACACUUGGAGGGAAAUAAGGUUUAAAACUUAUAAUUUGACUAAAAAUACAAACAUAUGAAAAUAAAAUACUUAAGCUUAAAGUAAGCAAUCUGAUAAAAUUAUUUUAAACUGAAAAAUUGACUUAUGAUAUCAAAAGGAAAUAUUAUUCAUUAUACAAAUCGUUUUGGAAUACAAAGAAAAAUUCUAGAGCUAUAUUUGUAUGAAAAUGCUCCGACUUGUAAAUUGUAUGGCAUAAAUAUUCCAUUAAAACUAUAAAUAUUUGCCACAAACUACACUCACUAAAGUCUUCUGUGUUUUUCCAUUCUCCACUCUAUAUUAGUAAAAAACAUUACUUAACACGUUUAAAAUGUUGGUGCUAUAAAGUGUUAUUACAAAUUUUUAAAACUUUUCAUUAUUUAUAUCAGAAUAGAUUUUUAAAGUUUGUCAGUUUUUAAAUUGUUAUAUUUAUAAAAAGUUGUGUUAGUUUAUGUUAUAUUACAAAUAUUUUAAUUGUAAAAUUAGUUUUAGAUUUUUACUUUAUAUUACAUAUGUUUUUUUCCCUUAAUGGUUUGAGAAUAAAUUUUUGUAUUUUAUCAUUAAUACUGUUUUAACUUUUUCCAAUUAAAAUUAAAACAGUUGACACCAUUUUGAUAUACCUUUCACUUUAUGAACUAAUGGCAAUUUUUGUAUUAAAAAAGUAGCCUUGUUAAAUACUAGGAAGAAUAUUGGGCAUUUUUUAAAGUAUGUAUAUUAAUAUAUUUUAUUGUAAUUGAUAUUUUUAUAAUAUUCAAUUAUCAUUUAGAUUAUAAAUCAGUUUGUUUGAUUGCAAUUAACUAAUAGUUAUGUAAUUAGAACUCUAUAAAAGUUUGUAUUGCCUAAACAUUCAUUUUAGUUUAAAUAAAUUCAAUUCAAUAAAUUCAAAAAUUUUCAAAUAAAUUCAAAUAUUUUCAAAGACUUAUCCGGUGACUUUUCCCCCUUCUUUUUUUUAUUUACUUUUAAAAAAAAAAUUUUGAAUUUUCGUAUAGUUAUCUGCCUUUUUUUUCCUUUUUUAAUUCGUAAUAUUUGUAUUAUUUGAAAUUAGUGCUUUCUAAAAUUGCUAUUACAAGUCAUCUUGUUUUUUUUAUGUGAUAUUGUUUUAUAUUUUAUUAAAUUAUUAAAUGAGC